AUGUCUGUGUUAUUUCAGACAGGAAAAUGUUUACUUAGAAAGUCAUUUAAUAAAACAUUUUGUAAAUAUGUAUUUUUACGAAAAAACUCAGAUGUUCCAAAAAAAUUUAUAAGUUUUGAUGAAAUAGUAGCACAAAGAAGAGAAGAGGCACGACGAAGUAUCGUGGUUCAGGUUAACUCGGACUCUUCCUUUAAUGAAUUGUACGGAUAUUGUUCUAAAUAUGCUUCAAUUAAUGGUAUUCAUCAUUAUAAAAAUAAUGGUGGAGAGCAUUUCAUGCUCAUUGAAUUUGGCUCAGAAGGUGAAGUUCAAGAUGUCCUACGGUCUUGUGGGUCUCAUCACAAAGAUUUUGACAUUAUGGCAGUACAGUCACCAUUUCUGUGGUUCAGAGCAGCUUCUGGUGAUAAAGAAAAUUUAGGAAUGAAUGAAAAAACUCUUACAAUUAAAAAUGGAAAUGAUCACAUGGAUGAAAAUAUAUUAUUUGAGGAUUUAAUUAAAUGUGAAACUAUAUCAGACCAAAUACAAUUAUUGUAUCAUAGAACAACAAUAAACGACUUAGGUGUUAGACUGCGGUACAUGGUUGCUAGGCAGUUGGAGAUAGUAUUUAAAAGUCUAUAUGCAAACAUCAAAAUGCAGCCAUUUGGUUCUUCUGUGAAUGGAUUCGGUAGAAUGGGCUGUGAUCUAGAUUUAGUGCUGACUAAUGAUUUAACUGAAGACAUGACAUCACCAAACAACCGGUUAGUGUAUCAAGAAAAGAAAUGUGAAGGUGGACGCACACCCUGGCAAAGGCAUAUGGAGCUAGUGGGUGCACUCCUGGAAUUGAGGAUUCCGGGAGCUUCCAGGGUACAAAGGAUACUGAAUGCAAGGGUUCCUAUAGUAAAAUACUCCCAUGAAUUGGCAGACGUAGACUGUGAUCUAUGUUUUAAUAAUACGUCCGGAGUGUACAUGUCCGAGUUGCUCUGGCAGUUCGGGGAGCUGGACAGGCGCGUGCGGCCGCUGGCCUUCGCGGUGCGGCGCUGGGCCAGCGCGGCGGGCCUCACGCACGCGCACCCCGGCCGCUGGGUCACCAACUUCCCGCUCACCCUCAUGGUGCUGUUCUUCCUCCAACAGAAGAGUGUCGCGAUAUUGCCCUCUUUGAAAUAUCUGGUUGGAAAUGCUGGCAAAGAAGACAUUAGAAUAGCUGAAGAGAAUCUCAAUUGCACAUUCCUACGAGACCUGAACAAGUUGCCGGCCGACUCGUACGGACAGAACGACUGCGACUUACAGACACUGCUCUUCCAGUUCUUCGAAUUUUACUCACAGUUUGAUUUCGCCGAUAAAGCAAUAUCUAUCAACGAAGGACGGCCGAUAAGAAAACCAAAUGCCCUCCCUCUAUACAUAGUAAAUCCUUUAGAACAAGCCCUAAACGUCAGUAGAAACGUAAGUUAUGAAGAAUGUGAACGGUUAAAGUUAGAAGUCCGGAACGCCGCAUGGUAUUUAGAGGGAUGCUUAGAAAACAAGAAAUCAGAAGACUGGGGUAUCUUAGGCCUCAUAGAGAAAAGGUCUUCGAGAGGGUUAAAGAAACUACUCAGAGUUGGAAAUUCUCAUAGGCUAGUGUCGGUUAAGGAUCUGUUCACGGAUGAUGAUGAUCAGCUCCCCAGUGAAGGGUUGAGGUCUAAAUUGCAGAAGAUUAUAAAGACUGAUAAACAAGUGGAGGAAAAUGUGAAAGAUAUGAAAAUUGGGUUGGAGAAGAAGGAGAAAAAAGUGGAAAAAUUUAAAUUCAAGAACAGUCAGACUGCGAGUGAAGUGUACAGAAUAAGGAGGGACAAACUUGUG